UUCUAUUUCUGCCAUAGCUUCUUUCAGUUCUGAUAGUAACAAAUUGACUCGGCUGUAACACGUGUAACUACAGCCUCUACGUUCAAUAGCCUUCUUGACAUUUGUGCGCGAUAUAAACACUGCCUCUAUUGCAAUAAUAAUUAUGGAGAAGCAAAAUAUCAAGAUAUUGGUGACCGGUGCUUCAGGUUUACUUGGCCGAGCCAUUAUAAAAACGGCCAGGCAGUUGAAUUGGGAAGUUGCAGGACUAGCAUAUUCAAGAGCAGGACCUGGACUAGAGAAGGUGGAUAUUACCAUCCCAUCUCAGGUCAAAGCUGUGCUGGAAAGAGAACAACCUAACUGCAUCAUUCAUGCUGCUGCUGAGAGAGCUCCUGACAAAGUUGAAAAUAAGUAUGAUGAGACAAGAAACCUCAAUGUUACUGCCAGUGAAAAUCUUGCAACCCUGGCUAGAAGUGUGGGAAGCCGCAUAAUCUACAUCAGCACAGACUAUGUAUUUGAUGGAAGCCAUCCUCCAUACCGAGUAGAUGAUGUGCCAGAGCCUCUAAACAAGUAUGGUAUCACCAAACUGGAGGGUGAAAAAGCUGUGCUGGCUGGACAUCCAGAUGCAGCUGUCCUGCGCGUACCUAUAUUGUAUGGGCCUGUUGAGUACCUGGACGAGAGUGCCGUGACGACGCUGCUCCGCACGGUGCAAGCAAGUGACACUCCCACCACGGUGUCCAACUACGAGAAGCGCUACCCCAUGCACGUUGCUGCCGUGGCAGACAUAGUCUGUCAGCUGGUCACCAAGCUGCUGCAGAACCCGUCGCUGAAUGGCAUCUUCCAGUGGAGCGGGCAGGAACAGCUCACGAAGUACGACAUGUGUGUGGCAAUAGCAGAGGUGCUGUCCCUGCAGCACUCGCACAUCACCCCUGACAACAAACCGGCGCCUGGCGCACCUCGGCCUUAUGACAGCCGCAUGGAUAACUCCAGGCUUGAGGAGCUCAAUAUAUCGGCUCAUGUUCCUUUUAAAGAAGGAAUUAGAGAAUGCUUGCAAGAAUGGGUCUCCCAGGAACAGUAGUAACCAAUGAACUUUUUUUUCUGCUCUAUAAUUCAUAGUCUAUUUUGUUUCUUAGUGUUCAGCUAUCAGAGCUUGCAAUGUGUAUCUUAUAAUAUUCUGCCGUUUUUUAGUUAGUUUGUUUUUUUUUUGAUUGCUGCUUCUAAGUGUCUUGUCUCGUAUUCUUUUGUGGUGGACUAUUUGUGAGAUUUGUGCCAUUAAGAACGCGAUAACAAAGUUUGGUUUUUUGCAACAGGCGUUCUUCAAUGGUCAAUUGACAUUUAUGAUUUUCUUGUGAGUUAACUUUUGUUUUUAGCCCCUCAAAUGAGGCACUAGAGAAAACUAAGUUGAGGGUUUUUAGUUAGUAAAAUCUAGUCUUACCUAGACCUUUUUGAUUGCUCCACGAUGGAGUUCUAGAUUAAGCCUCUAUCUGUACUAAUUAGUAAGAUUCACACACAUACACACAUGGCAUAGUCCAGUGCCUCAAUGUACGAGCCUCCAAACAACACACGGAGUAAUUCAACAUAGCAAGAUGUUAAGACGUUAAACUAGCCACAAUAGGCAGCCUAAUUUGCCUAAGACAAAUUUUAAAACAUUUCGGACAUUGCAAUGUUUUAGGGUUAGGUCACAAAAAGACCAAUUUCUUUGGCAUGAUGAAAUGAGUUAAAGUGUUCAAGUAUUGAUGUGCUGGCGAAUCCAACGAAGAUAUUUAACAUGGAUAUUGAGCAAUGUUGCUAAAUAAUUAUGACUGUACCAAACAUUAAAAAUGGGACCAAAAGGGAGAGGGCUAAAUUGAAGUUACGAUAUGGAGUAUGUAUAAAAGUACCAUUUGACGUGAAAAUAGUUUAACCACAUUGUUAAUAGAAUAACUCAAAUAAUGCACCGCUGAUGCAAGAAGUUGACUGAAACCGAAACGCGGGUUGACUCUAAAGCCUACCACGUCUCAAAAGCUCUGUUCAAACAUGAGUUCUAACGAGCGCUUUCUCAAGCAAUUGCAGAUUCUAGUGUAUUUGAUGCAAAUCUGUAGGUUAAUGUUACGACGUCCUAUUUGAGCGACUUCUUAAAUGGAAGACUAAUGCAAUUUUUCCUGUGCGUGGGGAACUAUUGCAUUAUGAAUCUCCGACUUCAGUCUUCUUCGUGAAUUAUAUUGUUAUUGAAUGGUAUAUUUCAUUAGUUUGGCAUUUUUUAGCUCUAACUUGACAAGAUGCUUUAGAAGCCAAAUGAUCAAAUUAAAGUGAUUUUCCUGAGUCAUAUCAACGUGUGAUGUCUAUCGUCUGUCAUUGAAAUUUAUGAGGGGGUCGGAAAUUCAGAAUAGAAAUGCUAGCAUAUUUAUGAGGCUGUUACAUUGUGUUGAACUUGUUAUUGAAGUGAUUUUCGUUAUUUUUUAAAGUUUAUUAAAACGUGAUUCUC